UUGUAGAACGGCUGAAUCGAAUAGAUUCAGUAACAGUUUUUGUGCAAAAUAUUGGUAACCUGGAGAUAAGUGAGCCUUUUAAAGCAAUUCAACAAGCCAUUCCAGUAUGGCCUCCCGUAAACGAUCCGGAUCCGGGUCGAAGCGACCGAAGGAAAAAGUUGUGCAUAUCUACGAGUUGCUCUGCCGUGGCGAAGACCCCAAGCGGCAGAGUGCCCAGUUUUGGGAGGAGUUUUUCCUACUGCAACCAAAUACGGAAAUGUUGGAAUCGGAACUGCUUAAACAGACCGCAGAGCAGUACCUCAAUGCAAAGGACAACAUAUUGCAGUUAUUUACCGAGUGCAUCAAUAUGCUUUCCUCCGGCAGUCCAAAACGUAUCCACAACGCACUGCAAACUAUCAGUGUAUUCAUACACGUAUUUUUCCGCAAGCAAUCGAUGGUUGGCACAGUUGGCACGGGUAGUGAUGGUGCCACUAGUGGGUUGGUCGCUAGUGCCGGGUCGUCUGCUAUGUUUAUCACCGUCAACGACAUAGAGGACGACAUGAGGAAGUUGCUGAAAUAUUUGAAUGCAAUAAUGGUAUGCGACGAUGCCACCGACAGUCCUACGGACAUUUGCUUGAAGAUUCUGCUAAUCAUUGCUACUGGCAUGGACAACGUUAACGAUAAUCGCCUAAUAGAAUUUAUCAUAGGACAAAACCUGUUUGAGGCUUUUAAGAAAAUCCUCAGUGAUUCGGCGUUGCGGAAUUUACAUGGACACGAUGUGGUGACACUUCUCACCAUUCUGGUAAACUACCGAAAACACGAUGGUAGCAAUCCGUACGUCGUGGAACUCUCGUUGCUAGCAGAAGAACUUGCAUUAAAUGGUUAUGGUCAAGUUAUAUCAUGUGUGUUGACAAUGUUCUGCAAGCAGCACCUGUUGACUCUCACCGAACUUUCCUCAUCUUCCUCAUGGUUCUCUUCACUUUCGAGUAUCGUUGGAAAUAUGUUCAUUUCCGAUGAAUUGUGUUGUCGCAGUCAACAAAUUAGGGCAAACAAUUCUCUACUCCUUGCCUUGUACGAAGCAAUACACUUGAAUAGAAACUUCAUUACCACCUUAGCCCACACUCAAGCUGACUCAACGCCACCUUCUCCAUGCAAUACGCUUAACAUCAACGACGGUACACCGGAUCUGUCCUCGGCUGCAAUUCUAGAUGCAUCGCACUAUUCAACGAACUUAUUCGUUUCCCUUUUUCAAUAUUGUUCUAUUGUUAUGCAAGAUCAUAAGAGUGAACUCAGCGCAAUCAAUCUAAAGCUUUGCCUGUUGAUUCUCACAUGUAUCGCCGAAGAUCAGUACGCAAACUCGAUGAUGCACGAUACUAAUUUGACCUUUAAAGUUUCUUUACACCGAGCCCAUAUGAGACAUCGAAAACUGACAUCGGAAAAAGUGGCAAAACCGCAGCCGCUAGCCACAACGUUGCUUGAUCUUCUGGUGGAGUUCAUUGUAACUCAUCUGCUUAAAAAAUUUCCCAUAGAACUAUACCUGCUAUGCAUCGGUAUAAUACAUCGGAUUAUCGUUUACCAAAAGCGCUGCAGAGUGAGACUUGCAUACCAUUGGAAGGAAUUAUGGACGGCAAUGAUAAGCCUGCUGAAGUUUCUUAUUUAUCAGGAGCAAAAUCUUAUCAAACGAUGCAAUAUUUUCGAGCUAGCCCUCCAGGUAAUAAACAUAUUUAAUCUUUUCAUCACCUAUGGGGACACAUUUUUGGCCACAACUAACAGCUACGACGAACUGUACUACGAGUUGAAUCGCGAAGAAAAAGUGUUCAGUGAAUUGCAUGCCAUGGUGCUGCGGUAUGCUUCGAUGCAAGACUGCGACCACAAGGAAGAUGCAAUACGACUCCUGAAUGCUCUGUCCAAUAUUUUGGCCAUAAUAAAGCAUUUCCAGAUAAAAAUCAAAGAGUGGCUUGCUAGCCAGAGCCUUUCAACGCCAACGGAGCAACAAAUUCUCGAGCAGAUACAGAAAAAUUACGAUCUUACGCUUAAACUCCAGGACAGUCUCGACCAGUACGAGCGAUACAGCGAGCGACCAAAGCAUGUCCUUUUCUUUGCCAAUUUAGUGAAGGAAGUCAUGGUUGAUACGAGGAAAACAGUCUACUAUCUUGUGAAGCAAAUGAACAAAAGCAAUGCACUGGAGAGUACCAGCUUAAACACUACUUCCGGGACCCACGUGGAGAGGUCAGUUCUGCUGGACGGUGCGGAAGCGGACGAUAUGAACACAACAAUGUGAAACUUUUCUGAUAGAACUUCGAAAUCAUGCCGGUUAUAUCAUUUAGACUGCUUAAUCGUUACUCUUUGAAAAAGAGAUUAUAUUGGGAACGAAACGAAAAAUAAAGUUACUUUCAAAUGCGGAGAGCAGUUGU